UGCGGCACUCGCUCGCGCUCGGGGGAGGCUGAGGCGGCGGCAGGAGCAGCGGUAGCAGCAGCAGCAGCAAGAGUAGCAGCAGCAGCAAUGGCGGAUUUCGACGCUUAUGACGACCGGGCCUACAGCAGCUUUGGCGGCGGCCGCGGAUCUCGUAGCAGUGCUGGUGUUGGCUCACGUAGACAGAAAGAGCUUCCAACAGAGCCCCCCUUCACAGCGUACGUUGGCAACCUCCCCUUCAACACAGUCCAAGGAGACAUUGAUGCCAUCUUCAAAGAUCUCAGUGUAAGGAGUGUGCGAUUAGUCAGAGACAAAGAGACAGAUAAAUUUAAAGGAUUUUGUUACGUAGAAUUUGAUGAGGUUGAAUCACUUAAAGAAGCUCUGACAUACGAUGGAGCACUUUGGGGGGACCGGUCACUCCGAGUGGACAUUGCCGAAGGCAGGAAACAAGACAAAGGUGGCUUCGGUUUCAAAAAAGGUGGCGGCCCAGAGGACAGAGGCAUGGGCGGAGGAGGUCCGCGGGAAGCACGAGGAGGUGGAUGGGAUUCCAGAGAUGACUUCAGUUCUGGUUUCAGAGAUGACGACUUCCUGGGAGGCCGGGGAGGCCGGACCCGUCCCGGGGAUCGGCGAGGAGGAGCAGCCGGCCCACCCAUGGGAGGCACCGGUCGUUUCAGGGAUGGGCCUCCAGUGCGUGGCGCUGCCAUGGAUUUCAGAGAGCCAACUGAAGAGGAAAGAGCCCAGCGGCCCAGACUCCAGCUCAAGCCCCGGACGGUUGCCACUCCUCUCAAUCAAGUAGCCAACCCCAAUUCUGCCAUCUUUGGUGGAGCCAAGCCGAGGGAGGAAAUAGUAAAGGAAGAGCAAGAAUGAGCUUGAGGGGUUGAUGAAAUGGGAGGGGGCGGGCGGGAGAACGGGGUUGAGGGGGUGGGGUGGGGGUGGGAGACAAAACGCAAGACAGCCCAGAGUGUCUAACUGUGCUCGGAACAUUAACCCUGCAACCACCAUUCCUACCAUCUGACACCUGUCCUCCUUGAAACAGAAAAGGAAAAACAAAACAAAACAAACCAGAGCUUGCGAAUGCAUGUCAGCUGUUAACAAGUGGUUUUUAGUACGUUCUUGGCUUUGCUGUAUCUAGUGCCUGCAUUGUCUUAAGUUUCUCCCUUCCCCUCCCCCUCGCAAGCCAUUCCCCCCCCAAACCCAGCACACGGCUUCUGGCCAAUAAAGCGCUGGACUUCUCUCCCCCGGGGUGCUGCUGUCACCUUUUCUUCCUCUCUGGCUCUUUCCACUUCCGAGACACGUGGCUUAGGGUCCAGUCCUGCUGCUCCACGUCGUUCCCUUCUGCCUUCCACGGUGCUUCUCUACCUCCACUGCAUGCUUACCACCGACACCUCGUGGCCCCUCAGCUCAGAGGAGUCCCGGCCAAGCGGAAGACGUCUCGAGCUCUAGAAUACAGCCCCUGUAGAAUUAGCUCAUGCAACACAACGUUAAAUAGGAUUGCCACCCAUUAGCCCUUAGGCACUUUGGAAUAAGAUAUAUAUAUAUAUAUACUGUAUAAAAUCAGUUCCACCCCUCCCCUUCCCGGCAGUGCCGCCAGCACUUUGCAGACCCCUGCUUGGGGCCGAGUUGCGUGUCAGCAGCCAAAUCUAGACAGGGGCCCCUGCUCUGCUGCUUCCUUGACUUGGCCUGCCGAGUUCUCCCUGGCCCUCAAAGCUCGUGCCUACUGUAGCACCCAAGGACUGUCUUCUUCCAGCAUUUUCUUGCAUUUUCUUUUUACAUAUUUGCUAUCCACUUUUUAACUAGUUUCUGAAACCAAUAAAGUUUACUUUUCUUCCUUCCUUCCUUCCUUCCUUCCUUCCUUCCUUCGGCUCUGUUUCGAAGGAAACGUCUCUUGACUCUGCCCCUCCAGCAUUCAGCUCGUCUCUUGGGCUGCCGUGCAGAACUGAGCUUUGCUUUCAUGCUUCGCCUCUCAAACGGAGACGGGAGGGGGUGGCGCUCUCUUUGGAUUGCAGAACCCCAGUGUCUUUGUGUGCCGCUAAAGGCACAGGUGAUUGGAAGCCCCUGUCUCUCCAUACCGGAAGGAUUCUGCUUGAAAAGGUUUGAUGGUGCACUUAACUUAAAAGAGGGAGCAAAAUACUGAGCCGUUGGGUGACCAAGAAGGGAGCCGUUUCUCGCUCGCAGGUUAUUGCUUUCAGUGUGAGGUCUGGUCAAGGUAUGAACACCUGCAGUGCCUGACGUGGAUGCUUAGGGUAUCCGGUUGUAGCUUCGGAACAGGUAGAAUUGAAAGCACCAGAUGUGUGAUUCUUUCUCUCCCCUUAAAAAAAAAAAGACAUGUCCAUUGUGUAAAAACAGGUUUCAAUUUGUAUAGGCAAAUGUUCCAAGGGCUAGCCUCCCCUUGGGUAUCAUAGUAUAAAUGUCUCUUCCUGCCCCUGUCUUUCAGUCCACUUCUAAGAAUAAGAACCAUUUGUCUAACACUACUUUUCUUUCGAGACAUGCAAUUUUUUUUGUGUGUGUAUGUGUGUGUGGUUGUGUUCCAAUCGAAUUCCAUCCAGUAGCCGCUCUUCCAUUCAAAAUGUGGAAGACCCGAGAUUUUAAGAGCAAAGGCAAAGAAAAAAAGAGGAUGCCCAUGCAAAACUCACCUGGUAGUCAAUCUGUUUGACUUUUAAACGUGUAAAGACAAGUUUCCAAACACUCAACACAUUCUGCUUCAUGACAAAGUAAAUUUAUGGAUAUGGUAUUUUGUGAAUGAUCUUUUAAAUAAAGAAAACAUUAAGUAAUA